AUGGGCUCCGUCUGCGGCAAGGAGUCGGGCGAUGACAACUUCUCCUCCCCGGGCCGCCCCCUCGGCACCGCGCCCCCACCCCAACCCAAGACCGCGCCCAUCCCCGCGAGAGUAGGAGGGCCUCCGAGGACACUGGGUGGUGGUAGCGGCGGCGGCGGCGGCGGCGCAUCCGGAGAGCGGUCCAACGCCGACGCGGACGACGCACGACGCAGGGCCGCCGAGGCAGCAGAGGCCCGCGCAAAAGCAGCGAACAAGUCGACGGGGAAGCUGGGCUCGCAACUGAAUGCGCAAAAGAAGCAGACGCAGACCGAUUUACUGAAGGAUGCCAGCACCCAGCAAUUGCGCCAGCGCGAUGCUGAUGCCGCAGCUGAGGCGAGGACGUACAACUAG